GACCCUCCACGGCUUCCGUUCCAUCAGCUUGUUACCACGGCAGCAGAGAAGAAGCUGUGAGAGGGAGUACACCCUUUUUUUCCUCCACAUAUUUUCCUCCUUAUUGCUGCUCACUAUCAUAUAUAUUUUUUAAACUUUUAUUUAUUUAUUUUAACUUAAUUUAAUCACUUAUUCAUCAUAGUUUCGUAACAAACAAGCAAAAAUGCGUGUCAUGCUAGUUUUUAGUGUCGUAAAGUUCGCGAAAAUUGUGCCAAACAGCUAAGUUAGCUAGCUAAAACUUUUGUCGACAGUAGAGAACACAUUGUUAGGUCACGUUAUGUCUUAGUAAAAUACUCUUGCUUCAUAUUCGGGGGAUUUUUAUGACAAAUUUGGAAGAAACUGAGCAGAAAAACAUCAAAAUCGAGAUAAUUUAUUUGUAAAUAAAAAGGUGUUCAUCGUUGAUUUAUCAUUUUCCCAUCAUUAGCUGUCGCUCUUAAAUAAAUAUGGAGAUUAGGAAGGGUUGAAAACCCAUUUCGCUUGCCAUCAUGGGCACAGCGUCUUCGUUAGUCAGCCCUGGAGAGGUGAUCGAGGAUGGAUACGGUGGAGAAGGAGGGGAAGCCUGUGAAAUACCGGUGGAGGUGAAACCUAAAGCCCGACUCCUGCGCAGCUCUUUUCGCCGAGGACCGAGGGUGAUCGGGGCCAGUUUCAAAUCCACGGGGUCCGUGGAUCUCGAGUAUGCUGCAGAGUACGAGAGACUCCGAAAAGAGUACGAAAUCUUCCGUGUCAGCAAGAAUAAUGAGAUCACAUCCAUGCAGAAGAAGGAGGCCAAGCUGGAUGAGGAGAACAAGAGGCUUAGGGCUGAGUUACAGGCUCUGCAGAAGACAUACCAAAAAAUCCUGCGAGAAAAAGAGGGAGCUUUGGAGGCGAAGUAUCAAGCAAUGGAAAGGGCUGCCACAUUUGAGCAUGACCGGGACAAAGUAAAACGACAGUUUAAGAUUUUCCGGGAAACCAAAGAAAAGGAGAUUCAGGAUCUCCUCCGGGCAAAGCGAGACUUGGAGGCCAAACUCCAGCAGCUGCAGACUCAAGGCAUCCAGGUCUAUGACCCAGAUGACUCAGACUCUGAUGACAACCAAACCACUGUGACAGCUGCUGGAACACAGUGUGAGUACUGGGCAGGGGGAGUCCUGGGAAGUGAACCCUCAAUGGGGAGCAUGAUGCAGCUACAACAGACGUUCAGAGGACCGGAGCUGGCUCACAGUUUGAUAGAUGUGGAAGGACCCUUUGCAAACGUGAGCAGAGAUGACUGGGAUGCUGCAGUGGCCAGUCUGCUUCAGGUGUCCCCUCAUGUGCCUCAGGCCUUAUGGAGUAACACUGUCCGCUGCUAUAUCAUCUCUACUCAGGAGACCAAAGCAGAGCUGGAUACUUUUCUUAAGAAGCAUUCCUCUGUGUUGCGAGGAAUGUGUGAGGAUCUUGGCCAUUUCUACCUGAACGUCUGUUUCCCAGAGGAGGUCGCUGCUUCUUUCACUGUGGAGCGCAAGCAGGAGAUCGAAAGGAGUUCUUUGUGCGUUCUUCUGCUCAAGUCCACCGUCACAAGCUCUGUGGUGGAGGACUGUGAGGAGGCUUUUGUGAAGAACGCAGAUGGUCAUCCACUGGUGUUGUACCUCAAGAAGGAAAAAGACCAGAACUUGACUGAAACGUGCAGGCAGCUAUUAGAGAAGAUCAACACAGCAGACAAGACUGCAAAAAUCAAGGUGGUUGACCAUAGUGGCUCUGCAGAGGAGGGGGCUGACCUGAUAUAUUCUCAAUUGGAAAAAGUCAUCAAACAGGAACUGCUGGGCUUUGAAGGAGCAGAUGUCGACUCAAAAGACUCUGUUAUUGAUGAAGGACGUGAGGAAGACUCUGGCGAUGUGCUCUGGGAUCUGCAUGACGAACAAGAGCAGAUUGAAUCUUAUCAGCUGGCUUGUAACUGCAGCACGUCCCAUCUAGGCUUCCAAAAGUACAUACAUCGUCUGAAUGACAUGAUAGCUGCUCCUCCUCCCACGCCGCCCCUGCUGGUAUCUGGAGGUCCAGGUUCUGGAAAGUCUCUCUUACUCUCCAAAUGGAUUGAGCUUCAGCAGAAACAGUCCCCCAACACUUUGGUGCUUUAUCAUUUUGUCGGCAGCCCGGUCUCCACAAGCUCAGAGCCGGUUCUCAUUAUUAAGCGACUCACAGUCAAACUGCUCCAGCACUUCUGGUCCAUUUCUGGACUGUCUAUGGAGCCCAGUAAGAUCCUGGAGGAGUUUCCACGCUGGCUUGAAAGACUAUCAGCACGUCAUCAAGGAAACAUCAUCAUCAUUAUUGACUCAAUUGACCAAAUACAGCAAGCCGAAAGGCACAUGAAGUGGCUGAUUGAUCCCCUUCCUGUCAAUGUCAGAGUGGUGGUGUCCGUCAAUGUAGAGACCUGUCCUCAAGCCUGGAGAUUGUGGCCCACACUUCACUUAGACCCACUCAGUCCUACUGAAGUCAAAAACCUGGUCAGUGCAGAGUGUCAAGGUGUGGAUGUCAAACUUACCAAAGAACAGGAGAAGAAACUAGAAAGACACUGUCGCUCAGCAUCAACGUGCAAUGCGUUAUAUGUCACUCUGCUGGCGAGGAUGAUCACCAGGUUUCCUCCUAACGAGGGGUUUAGUUUGCUCCUGGAUCAGUGUCUGCAGUGUCAGGACACCAUCUCGCUCUACCGACUGGCACUGAGGAUGAUGAUGAGCUCCCUCAGCACCGACAAAGAGCAAAACAUUCUGAAAGAGAUCCUGUGCCUCGUUUUGGCAAGCCACAAUGGAGUGAGCGAGUCAGAGCUACUAGAUAUUUUCCCAGAGCCGGGGUUUCCCGUGCUGUCCUCUCUGCUCCACUGCCUGAGCAAACUCUGUGUUUUAACCAUCCGUUGUGGACUCGUUGGGUUUCAGCACCUCCAGGCUUGUGAAGCUGUGAGGCUGGAGUUUCUAAAUGGAGGAAGCAGCUCCGCUUCAUAUAGAGAGAAAUUAAUCCGUUACUUCAACCAACAACUCAGCCAGGACCGUGUGACGUGGCGUGUUGCAGACGAGCUUCCCUGGCUGCUUCAACAGCAGGACAACAAAACCAAGCUCCAGCUCAGCCUUUUGAACCUGUUUGUGUCCCAAAACCUCUACAAGAGGGGUCAUUUUUCUGAGCUCCUGGCCUAUUGGCAGUAUGUGGGCAAGGACAAAAGCUCCAUGGCGGCUGAAUACUUUGACUCUCUGAAACGCUACGAGAAGAGCUGCGAAAAUGAAGACAGCAUGACCAAACUCGCAAACCUUUAUGAGACUUUGGGGCGUUUCCUCAAAGACUUGGGACUAACUGGUCAGGCUGUAGCGCCGCUACAGAGGUCCCUGGAGAUCAGGGAGACGGCGCUGGAUCCGGACCACCCCAGCGUGGCUCGCUCACUCCACCAGCUGGCAGGAGUCUACAUCCAGUGGAAGAAGUACGGCAACGCCGAACAGCUGUACAGGCAAGCCCUGGAGAUCAGCGAGAAUGCCUACGGCGCAGAGCACGCCAGCGUGGCGCGAGAGCUGGAGUCGCUCGCAAUGCUCUAUCAAAAGCAAAACAAGUAUGAACAAGCGGAAAAACUUCGGAAAAGGUCGAUGAAGAUCCGUCAGAAAACUGCCCGUCAGAAAGGUCACAUGUAUGGCUUCUCUUUGUUGAGGCGUCGAGCUCUGCAGCUGGAAGAGCUGACUCUUGGGAGAGACUCUGCAGAUUCUGCCAGAACUCUCAAUGAGCUGGGUGUCCUUUACUAUCUCCAAAACAACCUGGAUGCAGCCAAAGUGUUCCUGACGCGCUCUCUGGAAAUGCGCCAACGCGUUCUCGGUCCGGAUCACCCCGACUGCGCCCAGUCCCUCAACAACCUGGCUGCACUGCACACCGAGAGGAGGGAUUACGAUUUAGCCGAAACUAUGUACCAGAAGGCGCUGGAAAUCCGCAAGAAGGCUUUAUCGCCGGACCACCCCUCUCUGGCGUACACUCUCAAACAUCUGGCCAUGCUGUACAAGCGCAGGGGGAAGCUGGGAAAGGCAGCUCCUCUAUACGAGUUGUCCCUGGAGAUCAGGGAAAAAAGCUUUGGGCCCAAACAUCCCAGUGUGGCCACUGCUCUGGUCAACCUGGCCGUCAUCUACUGCCAACUGAAGAAGCACAGUGAAGCUUUGCCGCUUUAUGAGCGAGCUCUGAAAGUGUACGAGGACAGCCUGGGGCGCUCACAUCCCCGCGUUGGAGAAACCUUAAAGAACCUGGCUGUGUUGAGCUACGAGAAGGGUGACUUUGAGCGGGCAGCAGAGCUGUACAAGCGCGCCAUGGAGAUAAAAGAAGCCGAGCCGUCGCUGGUGUGCGGCAACGCUCCGUCCCACCACUCGUCCAGCGGAGACGCCUCCAGUCUGAGGGGGCCCGCUCAAAUACCACAAGCCCCGAGGUGACUCUGUGAAGCACCAUCUCCAAAAGAAGGAAGCAAGUGAGUCAGGAAGUGAGUCAGCAGUGGUUUUAUGUGAGAAAGCUUAAAAAUUGAGAAAAUGUUCAGAUGAAACCAGAAGAUUUUAAGCACUUUUCAACAUUUUCUUUAAAGCUACCUGGGAGCAAUUUUGUAAAAAAAAGUGCUCAGUCUUUUUAUAACUAUUAGCUUUAUAAGUAAAACAUUGUACUGGAAUGGAAAA